UGUUGUUCCCCACCACGAGUGAGUCAGCCUAGCGCCUGGCCGAUAAGUUCCCCGUUCGAGAAAUCUGACCGCGGCAGUGCAGUUGCAAUCAUUACUGAAGUGUGGCCGUGGUAAGCCUCUCGCUCUCAACUGUGGCACAAAGCGUAUUACAGUCCGCAUAAAUGUCUCUUACUGAGUCUUCUGCAAAUGAUAUCGCCAGGACUGCGUCUUUGGCAUCUCGUGGCUUAGCAACAUUAUCUGAAGCUGACCGCAAUGGUGCAUUAGCAACACUUCAUGAUGCAAUGCUGAGGAAUAAAAGUUUUAUACUAGAGGCGAAUGCUAGGGAUGUUGAGAUAGCGAGCCAAGCCGUUGAAAAGGGAAAUCUGAGCCAUAGUGUUUUGAAAAGACUCGACUUGUCGCGCCCAGGAAAAUACGAUGACAUGCUUCAGGGCAUCCUCAGUGUCCGAGAUUUACAAGACCCGAUUGGACAGGUGACUCUGAGGACACUGCUGGAUGAUGAUCUAGUGCUCGAAAGAGUGAGCUGUCCUAUAGGUGUCUUAUUGAUAAUCUUCGAGGCGCGCCCUGAAGUCAUUGCGAAUAUAGCAGCCUUGUCUAUAAAGUCGGGAAACGCCGCAAUUCUCAAAGGCGGAAAGGAAUCUACGGAGACUUUUGUUGCUAUCUCACAGGUUAUUUCGAACGCCAUUGUGGGUACCGGAGUUCCCAGAUCAUCAGUGCAGCUUGUGAAAACAAGGGAUGUGGUUUCUUCCUUGCUAGCCCAGGAUUCAUUGAUUGACCUUGUGAUACCUCGCGGGUCAAAUGAUCUUGUCCGAUUCGUGAAGGACAACACAAAAAUCCCCGUUCUCGGGCAUGCUGACGGCCUUUGUUCUGCCUACAUUCAUUCCGAUGCAGACCCGCUGAUUGCGGCUAAAGUAAUUGUGGACUCCAAGACUGAUUAUCCAGCUGCCUGUAAUUCUCUAGAGACUCUACUCGUUCACGAAGACGCUCUUGAGACUGUUUUCCCCCAUGUUGCCGAAGCCCUAUUCUCUAAAGGAGUGUGCCUUCGCUGUGACAUACCAGCCAAGGCUGCGUUAACGAAGAUCUUACCUACAGCACCGUCUCACCUACUCCAGAAUGCUGUUGACUCUGAUUAUCACACCGAGUUCUUGGAUCUCAUUCUGGCAGUCAAAACCAUAACCUCAACGCACUCCGGAAGUUCGUUGGUGGAUAAUGCGGUCGCCCACGUCAAUUCGCACUCUUCUAAACAUACUGACAUCAUUUUGACAAGCUCAAAGGAGAUUGCAGACAUUUUUAUGAAAGGCGUUGAUAGUGCUGGUGUCUUCUGGAACGCAUCGACAAGAUUUGCAGAUGGGAUGAGAUACGGGUUCGGUACAGAGGUUGGCAUCAGCACGAACAAAAUUCAUACAAGGGGUCCUGUUGGAUUAGAUGGCUUAACCAUCUACAAGUAUCUGGUUCGGGGGAAUGGUCACCGAGCAUGCGAUUAUUCGGAAGGGGGGAAAAGAUGGAAACAUGAAAGCCUACCCCUCUAGUUGAUCUCAUUCAUAGUUUGAUAUCAUUUAUUCAUGUAAACUUCAAUUUUCAUUCAGCUCCAAAUCCUCUACCUGGCAU